AUGGUCUGGUCAGUACUCCUACCCAGGUCACCAAUACGUUCAAGUGUCUGCAGGGCAACAUCAUUUACCAAGAAUUCUGCCCCAAUCAGUUCCCUUGUCCCGACUGUCCUUCCGGAACUCCUGGACCAAUGGGACCCACCGGACCUCAGGGAGCCACUGGAGCUACUGGACCUACGGGAGCCACUGGACUUAAGGGAUUGCGAGGACCGAUGGGACCUCAGGGAGCCACUGGACCGACUGGAAUUACCGGAGCAACUGGAGAGCAGGGUCUGCGGGGUCCGCAGGGUAGACAAGGUAGACAAGGUGCUCAGGGACCUGCAGGACCUGCGGGUAUCCAAGGAGAAGUGGGACCUUCCGGAGAGCCUGGCUUCACUGGACCGACUGGACCGACUGGAGAACCUGGAGUUACUGGACCGACUGGACCGACUGGAGAACCUGGAGUUACUGGACCGACCGGACCGACUGGAGAGCCUGGACCAUCGGCGACUGGUGUUACUGGACCUACUGGACCUACGGGCGAGCCUGGACCGUCGGGUGAGCCUGGACCUAUGGGACCUAUGGGACCUUCUGGAGAACCGGGUCUUCAGGGACCUUCUGGAGAGCCUGGAGCGACGGGAGCGACGGGAGCGACUGGUCCUACGGUGGUCAACCCCAUCUUGGUUACGUACAGCCAGUCAUUGGAUUGGAAUAUCGAGAACCGACUGGAUGCAGUGGUUUCUUCUCCGGACACUGUGGAUGUAUACAGUGCACUGGAUCCCAAGAUGUUCUUCUCGGAAUGGAAUGUGGCACAGUAAGGUAGGAUGUUGGCUUCAAGCUUAG